AUGCUCUUGACCAAUACUGUGCAUCCGCCGGGCGGCGCAUCCGCGGUGCUUGCAGCAACAGACCCCGUCAUCACAGCCAUGGGCUGGUACUUCGUCGGCCUCGUUCUGUGGGGCACUACUCUUAUGAUUGCAGUUGGGCUGGUCAUCAACAACAUUCAAAGGCAGUUUCCGAUAUACUGGUGGACCCCUUUGGAUCUGCAGAAAGUGAAGAUUGGGGAUGAAGAGGUGGUGCCAGAUGCGACGGGCGGUUUAGAACGAAAGAAGAGUGCAAAGGAGCAACACUAUGACUGCGAGAGGCACAAAAUUGAGAUCAACGGCGCCAGGAUUACGUUGCCAGACGAUUUGAAUUUGAACGCGGAAGAGACGAGAGUACUGGAAAAGUUACGAGGAAGAUUACGAGAGAGGGUCGACCAGGAGGCAAAAACAGUAGAUUCAGAAAAGGAAGAAGCGGAUAGCGAAAGGAGCAGUGCUGAGUUCACUAUGGUGCCGAGCAACAGCGGGAGCAGUCACGGUAUAUAG